UUAAUGUUUGUGGAAUAUCAAGAGCUUGAGGCCAUAGACAAUAUUUCCACAGUGAUGCAAUUUGUGCUCAUAGGAUUUUCUGAUCUUCCCAACCUCCAAGGGUCUUUAUUUACAGUGUUUUCUGUAGUUUAUUUAAUUAUCCUGAUGGGUAAUUUCCUUAUAAUAGUAAUAAUCAGUAUGGAGCAAGCAUUACAGAAACCUAUGUAUUUUUUUCUGGCAAACUUUUCCUCUCUGGAAAUCUGUUAUGUAUCAGUUACUGUCCCAAGGAUUCUCUUCAACAUUGAAACACAGGACAGACACAUUUCCUUGAUGUCCUGUGCCACACAAAUGUGCUUCUUCCUUAUUUUUGGAACUACUGAAAGUUUGCUUCUGGCUGUUAUGUCUUAUGACCGCUAUAUCGCCAUCUGCCACCCUCUGCUCUAUCCUAUGGUCAUGAAUCCAUCGAAAUGCACACAACUGGCAGCAGGCUCCUGGCUUGGAGGUAUCCCAAUCCAGGUUGGACAAACCUGUCAGAUAUUCUCUAUGAAGUUUUGUAAUUCUUACAAAAUCAACCACUUCUUCUGUGACAUACCACCAAUUCUCAAGCUGGCUUGUGGGGACACUACAAUGCAUGAACUGUCUGUCUAUGUGGUUGUUAUGGUGGUCGCUGCUUUCCCCUUUAUUCUGGUCCUUACAUCCUACAGCAAAAUCAUUGCCACCAUCCUGAGGUUGCCAACAGCCAAAGGGCGGGCCAAAGCCUUCUCCACAUGUUCUUCGCACCUGCUGGUGGUGGUGUUGUUUUAUGGAUCUGCUACAGUUACCUAUUUGAGACCAAAGUCCAUGCAUUCUCCUGGAACUGACAAACUGCUCUCUCUGUUCUACACUAUUGUGACUCCUAUGUUCAAUCCACUGAUAUACAGCCUGAGGAACAAGGAGGUGAUUUCAGCUCUUAGGAAAUUAUUUUUUAAAGCAUAUUACUAA